AUGCAUUUUCUCGGCCAUGGUUCAGCUCUUUUCUCGCUUCUGCAAGUCACUUUUGAGUCUGGAGCCUUGAGUCUCGAGCCCGGCUGGCCUCCCCGCUCCAGCGCUCCCUCGCCAACACAUCCUUACCGCCUCUUUCAUGAGCCUUUCUUUUUCGAAUCGACGAGACGUGUCGAAGCCGUCACACAAAGAUGCGAUACGCUUCAUCUACAGAGUAAACCACAGCGGCGAACAGGGAUCUGCAUCGUCGUCCUGCAGCCUACUGCAGCCUGUCUAACCAGGUCACCUGCGGCAACACGUGUAACCACUCUCACUGUCACCCUCUGCUGUGCUGGGAGAUUAUUCAUUGGCGACCUCUCCAAGGGUACCGCAGAGCGCUACAAAGUCACAGACUUCGCAGACAUCGGCAGAUCGGGUAUCGCGAUGGCGCCAAAAAAAAAAGUUUUUGAUCCUGAAGAGGGGCGAAUUUCCCGUCUGCGCCUGCAUGGCGGCCUGAAGCAGGGCGCUGGCUGGUGUCACUCGAAAUCGAAUGGAUCCACAUUUGCCGUGUUGUCCGUCGGCCCCACUCUCGCCGACUCCCCGAGCCCGCCGGCCCGGAAUCCUGAUUUUACGGCCCUCUCGGCAACCAUGGCGGCGACCAUGGAAAUCAUGUGGACCGCUUUCCAAAAGUGCUAUGAAAGGAUUGCAAUCGCAUCUUGUGUCGGAACGAUCCCGAACAUGGACCCUAUCCAAAUCCCUAUGGCUAUCAGCUCAAACUUCAACGCCAUGAUAAAAGCGUUUGAUCUUUUUCUGAAACUGCAGUCAUGCUGUCAUUAUUCACCUUUACAAGAACAUUUCGUCGCCUCCAUAGUCUUCGCCGCUGCAGCUACCGCCGCACUUCUAACCGCAAUAUUGCUUCAGUACUUCAAACCAGUCGGAAAACGCAGAGGAAAAGAUGGAAGGCGUCCCGUUUUACCACCAGGCCCCGAAGGCGUUCCCCUGUUCGGGAACCUGCUUCAAGUCAGUGCCAGCAAAGGAGACCCCUACAACAGAGGCCUCCUCUCCAUGGCAAAAUACGGAGAAAUGACCACCCUCCACCUAGGCUCAAAGACCCUAGUCCUCCUCAACAGCAGCCGCGUCGUCAGCGAAAUCAUCGCCAAGCGAAGCAGCCAGACGAGCACCCGAACCCCCAUGCCCAUCUCCAACGACAUCGUCGGCCGCAACCGCAAGUCCCUCAUCAUGUCCCAAAAGGACUGGGCCGAGCCCCGGCGCGUCAUGCACUCCCUCCUCAGCGGCACCGCCCUCCGCCAGUACGGCGAGUUCCAGGAGCUCGAGAGCACCCAGAUGAUGGCCGAGUACGUCUUCAAGCCGGGCAUGUGGUACCGCCACCGCUACCGCUACGCCAACUCGGUCAUCCACCGCAUCGCCCUCGGCGAGCGCCUCGUCAAGAGCGAGGAGGAGCUCGUCGACAUGCAAAACGCAGUCACCUUCUUCGUCGGCUCCAUCGGCAGCUCCAUCAUCGACUGGUUCCCCGACCUCGCAAAGCUCCCGCGCUUCCUCCAGCUCUGGCGCCCGCACUGGGAGGCCCUCGGCCAGUGGAACUACGACCUCUACGACCGCUGGUACAGCCCCAUCGCCGCCAAGGUCGAAAACGGCACCGCGCCCCCGUCCUUUGUCCGCGACACGCUGCUCCACCCGGACACCAAGUACAAGGGCGACCACGUCGACGGCAUGUACGUUGCCAUGCAGCUCAUCGAGGCCGGCAGCGACACCACCCGCGAGGCUCUCAACAUCAUGACCAUGGCGGCGCUCGAGUACCCGGCCGUGUUCAGGGCGGCGCGCGCAGAGGUCGACGCCCUCUGCGGCGUCGACGAGCAGGCCCGUCUGCCCACCCUCGCCGACAUGGACGACCUGAAGUACAUUUGCGCCAUGGCCAAGGAGAUCCUGCGCUGGCACGUCAUCUUCCCGCUCACGCCGGAUCACACGACGUCCGCGGACAUGGAGUUUGAGGGGUACUAUUUCCCCGCGGGCACCGGGUUCGCCAUCAACGGGCCCGCCGUCGCCAACGAGUGCGAGGAUCCGGACGAGUUCAAGCCCGAGAGGUGGCUGGACGGUCACGAGGCGGAUAUCGCGCAUGGGUUGUGGGCUUUUGGCGGCGGACGGAGGAUAUGUGUGGGAUACCGCCUGGCUCAGCGUAGCAUGUUUUUGAAUAUCGCUAGGCUGGUUCAGUGCGUCGACUACAAGCCUAACGGCCCGUACAACAGGAACAUCCUGAACCUGGAGGCCACGGGCGAGCCCUUCCCCGUCAAGGUCGACAUGAGGAACAAGCAUUACGAGUCUCUCAUUCUGCGAGAGGCUCAGGUUGCUGGUGUUUUGGAGGACGCUAAACUGAUGCGGGACUAA